AUGGUGGCUAGAAUCACCUCUUGGACUGCCAAGAAGCUGUCAUAUGCAGGUAGAGCUCAGCUAAUUCAAACUGUUCUCUUUAGUAUCCAAGCCUACUGGUCCCAAUUAUUUGCUAUCCCCUCAAAAGUGCUAAAUACAAUUGAGGCCUAUUGUCGAAGCUAUCUGUGGUCGGGCACAAACACAAUCACUAGAAAAGCUCUACUAGCUUGGGAGAAGGUUUGCACACCAAAGUCAGUGGGUGGUCUAGGCUUGAUAAACAUGCGAUUAUGGAAUAGAGCUGCAAUAACUAAAGCUAGUUGGGAUAUUGAACAUAAGUGUGAUAGACUAUGGAUCAGAUGGCUGCAUGCAUACUAUAUCAAGAAUCAACAAUUUUGUCUAAUGGCUAUUCCUCAACAGGCUGGAUGGAUGGUAAGGAAAUUGUUCGAGGCAAGAGAUACAUUGCCACUGAUUCAAUACAACACUGUUGGUAGUUUGAUUAAGCAGAUAUAUCUUCAGUUAAUGGGGAACAAUGAGAAAAUUUCAUGGAAAACAUUGAGAUUUGGAAAUAAUGCUCGGCCAAAAGCGCAAUUUAUAGUAUGGCUACAGAUGCAGGGCAGACUUCUGACUGUGGAUAGAAUUGCUUCCUGGGCUGUAAAUGUGGAUCAUGAAUGCAAGCUGUGCAAUAGUCAAGGUGAAACGAGAAAUCAUAUCUUCAUGGAGUGUCCUUAUUCUGUCAAAGUCUGGGAAGGGGUACUAAAAUGGAUGAAGGUUCCUAGCUUCAGAACAACAAAAUGGGAACAACUGGAGAAAUGGAUCAUUCAAAAAGCAAAGGGUAAAUCACAGAAAGCUCAGGUAUUCAAGAUGACAUAUACAGAAUGGGUGCAUACAAUAUGGAUCGAAAGGAAUCAACACAGAUUUGAAGAGAGAUCAAGGAGUGCAGAACAAUUGGUGAGGGAAAUUGCAUAUGUGUGUCAUAUCCGUGCACCUACUAGAAUUAAAGAAAUGGUUCGGCAGUUUGUAGUUAGUUAG